GUGAGCGGUAGUGGCAACACUUUUUUUGGUGGCGAGCCCAAAAAAAUUUUGUUGUCGUAGCGUAUCGGCAACCACAACUGCACAUCCAACUGCACGACACAAAUCGAAAACAAUUCGACAUCGGCAACGAUAGGAUAACGAUAACGACGACGUUCAUGCCGUCGCUUAGCGCGGCGUAAAACGUGCGAAAAAAGUAAAAUAGCAAAAAAUCGAAGUACCAACGCAGCUGACUUACUAUCAAACGUCAUGCCAGUACAUUGGGAUUGGGACUGGGACUGGCCACAUGAUCACUUUUGGCAUUGGCCCUCCACGCGUCUCUGGCCUUUCGAUAGUUUUAGCUAUCAUGCCAGGUGUCCGACCUCACGUCGUUGGAAAUCGACCUUCGCUCACCAUGACAUCGAUGUAGAUGUGUGCGGACGCGAUUGGCACUUACAUCACUGGAGUGACGACGGGCCUUGGUGUCAUCGUUCGUGCUUGGCUAGUCGUGUGACCAUCGAGACGGGCGAUGAGCCGGACAGCAAUGGUAAGGGCACCUUCAAGGUUGUCAUCGAUGUGCAUCACUUCCGCGACGAUGAACUCAUAGUGAAGGUGCGCAAUAAUGACACCGUUAUUUUGACGGGCAAACAAAAGGACGAUCGUGGGGAAAAGAGCACGUUUUGCAUUACACGCGAAUUUACGCGCAAAUAUAAACUGCCGAGAAACUACGAUGCCACGCUAGCCAAAGCCACACGUUCCACCGAUGGUAUAUUGACAAUUAUGGUGCCAGCACCACCACCGCUAGACGAUGUGGAGCGAUUGGUGGAUAUUGAGCAAACAGGAGCAUAUUUUGGCACUACUACCACCAACAACAAUGACAAACACGCCAAAGCUAUUGAGAAUGGUGAGAAGAAUGCGGAGAUCGAUGAGGGCAAGGAAGGGGGAGAAGAGCAGUCGAAGAAAGCGCGUUUUGAUUCUACGGGAGAUACGAAAUGAAAUUCAACGCAAGCUGCUGUUGCUGUUAUCACAAAGUGGCGCACAGGCUUUAAGGAGUACUUUAAAAAAUGCAGGAUUGGAAAGAAAAGCAAUGGAAAACCGAAAAUUAAAUGCUUGUGAUAACAGACAGCGGCGAUUGUGGAGUAGUGAAAUAAAUUUUAAAGAAAUUUAAUACCAAAAAAUAUGCUUCAAUAGAAGUAAAUUUCAAAACAAAGAAAGCACAAAUGAAAUAUAAAUUUUACUCCUACCAAGCACAGUGUUCCGUAACUCACAUUUAAAAAAAUAAAAAGUUUAUGCCGCACAAGUAUAGCUUGCACCUAAUUAAUGUAUGAAAACAGGAACCAAGUUUUUUGGCCUUCCGCAAAAAUAUCAAUAUUCUUAAUACGAAUACUUUUAAUGGGAAUACAACGAUGCUAUUAAAAAUACUUAUUUACGCCUAAGUCAAAAACCUCUAGUCUAACUUCUUCUCAUCAAAAACUAAAUAGUGCUAUUAAUAUUCAUAUCUUAAUUAAUAAAUAAAGGAAAUGUUUUGUGGAUGGAAGUC